GACAAGCUCUGGUUGGGGGUCCUGACCUCUCAUAGAUGACCCCAGGAAAGGAUGAUAACGGAAUGUGACACUGUGUGUGUGGCAUUCCAUAUCACCAGUAGGGGGAGCUCGGGAUCCGCCUGGAUGUGGGAUAAUAACAUAAACCAGGCUGUAGAGGACUGCGCCGUCCAAUCACAGAGCAGCGGGCUAUGGUACUAGCGGAGGCCGGGCGGGGAUAGCAGUAAAGCCCGGUACCGGUAUAUUGAUGGACGGGAGUUCUCUGUGUACCUGAGGUGACAGCACCUGCCCGGGGUAUCCUUAGAGCUCAAAUCGAAUUCUCCUCACCCGGUACACGACACAUCGCAGCCAUGGCCUUGGUGACCCUGCAGAGAUCCCCGACCCCCAGUGCUGCCUCCACGACCAGUACCAGCGAGGAAUUUGGGAAUGACGAUGAUCGGAAAACUAAUAUAAGUUUAAGCGACAGCUUUUUCAUGGUGAAGGGUGCUGCCCUCUUCCUGCAGCAGGGAAACAGCUACCAAGGACAAAGGAGUCUUCUACACUUGCACAAGAAUGCUGGAGAUUUACCUCAACACCUCCAGGUGAUGAUAAAUCUUCUCCGUUCUGAAGAUCGUAUCAAACUGGCUGUCCGUCUGGAGAGCAGCUGGUCAGAUCGUGUGCGUUACAUGGUUGUGGUGUACAGUAGUGGGCGGCAAGACACUGAAGAGAAUAUACUUCUGGGAGUGGAUUUCACCAGUAAAGAGAGUAAAAGUUGCACUAUCGGGAUGGUUCUGCACUUGUGGAGUGACGCCACCAUUCGCCUGGAUGGAGAUGGUGGGUUUAGUGUCAACACUGCAGGGAGAACCCAUGUGUUCAAACCAGUAUCCGUCCAAGCCAUGUGGUCAGCACUUCAAGUCCUACACAAGGUCUGCGAAGUUGCCAGACUAUACAACUACUUUCCUGGAGGGCUGGCUCUUGUGUGGGCCUCAUACUAUGAGAGCUGUAUCUGCUCUGAGCAAAGCUGCAUAAAUGAGUGGAACACCAUGCAAGAUCUGGAGUCCACUCGACCAGACUCCCCCAUCCUCUUCAUGGAGAAGCCAAAUGAAGGUGAAAGGACUGAAUGGGUCCUUAAGGCUUCUUUGCGGAGUGUCAUGAUGAGCAAAGACUUGGAGAAUGUGACUUGCAAAGAAAUUCGAAACGAGCUGGAAAAGAAACUGAGCUGCAAUUUAAAAGAGUACAAAGAAUACAUAGACAAUGAGAUGCUGGUGAUUUUGGGACAAAUGGAUAAAGCCUCUCUAAUAUUCGAUUACCUUUACUUGGGAUCUGAAUGGAACGCAUCAAACCUAGAGGAACUCAACAAGGCAGGAAUUGGCUAUAUACUUAAUGUGACCAGAGAAAUAGACAACUUUUUUCCUGGCCUUUUUGCCUAUCACAACAUUCGUGUUUAUGACGAGGAGAGUACUGACUUGCUGUCCCAUUGGAAUGAUACCUAUAACUUCAUUAACAAAGCAAAGAAAAAUAAUUCCAAAUGUCUGGUGCACUGUAAAAUGGGAGUUAGCCGCUCAGCUUCUACAGUCAUUGCUUAUGCCAUGAAAGAGUAUGGCUGGUCCAUGGAGAACGCAUAUAGUUAUGUGAAACAAAGGCGCAGUGUCGCCAGGCCAAAUGCUGGUUUCAUGCGUCAGCUCCUCGAGUAUGAGGGAAUCCUUGAUGCCAGUAAACAGCGACACAACAAAUUGUGGAGGCAACAGGUGGAGCAAGAAAUUCCUUCAGGUGAUUUAGAGGUUCUCUUUCCAACAAAGUUUCAGCCCAAUAAUCUGGAGUCUGAGCAAGAAUACAGAAUAAAUGAUGACGUGAAUCCAAUUUUGUCUGAAAAAAUAUGUUUUAGGCACCUUACUCAUGAACCAAUGGAGUCCCCAAAUGUGGUGCUUGAAGUGGAUGAGCUGGAGAAAGAUGCGCUUCUAGGAGAGGCCUCUUUUCCAGAGCCAUACUGCACAAUUGAUGCCAAAGUGAAAAGCGAUUUAGAUUUCAGGGCAUGGGAAGUUGAAAAGAAGCUGAAUUUCGAAGGGACCUUUGUCUCCCCAAAUUUUGACGAUGAACAGAAAUCGACAGAAUAUGUCAGUAAGAAACGGGUUGCUUCCUCAGAGUGCAAUGAAGAGGAGCUGCGAGUGAACAAGGAUUUCUAUAAUUGCAGCAGCAAGCGAAGUUGCCCGAAAGACAGUGAGGAGGAUGCCAUUUUUGGAAUCCUAAGCAAAGUUAAACCUCGAUAUCCUUCGUGUACAGACUGUAUGUACCCAUCAACCGCCAUGGCUUCUGAUGCAUAUGAAGAACCUCAGCAGCUGGAGUCUACGGAAACCCCAACCGUGUGCAGUCAGCCAGCACUUCUGCAGCAUAUGACUUCAAUGGUAUUAAACCGGAUGCAUGGACACACUUUUUCUAAAGGAACGCAGAUAGAAACAGACUCGCAAGACUUUCUUGCAUCUCCUUCAAAAACUGCUAAGAGCUUUAACAAUUCAGUUGAAUUAAAGGAUGUGUUUGGCCAUGUAGGUUCUUUUGAAAACCUUGGUUCUAAAAGGGAUUCCAAACAUGCUAAGGAUUUUAAGUAUUUAUUUUUUAGCAGAGAUUUGGAAAAGCCUGGCAUGCAUAGCUAUUUAAUGCAGCACCAGGAAUCCAUUAUUCAGCUACAAAAAGCUGGGUUGGUCAGAAAACAUACCAAAGAACUGGAACGGCUGAGGAGUGAAAGCUCUGCUGUGAUUAAAGAAUGUCCCCUAGACAAAACAGAUUCCAGUGGCUACAAAGAUAGUGAGGGACAAUUAGAGUCUGGUAAGCCUAAUAAAGAGCAAAUAAAUAGUUUUCAAAAACUAGAAGUGGCUGAUGUAUCGGAGGGUUUUGUUUUUAAAACUUCUACUCCUAGCUUUUGUAAAAUGGAUUUAUUGAGUAGUUUUACAAAAGACUUUCUAAAGACCAUUUGCUAUACACCAACGUCCUCUUCUAUUAGUUCCAAUCUCACCCGGAGUUCAAGCAGUGACAGCAUUCACAGCGUACGUGGCAAACCAGGACUUGUCAAACAGAGGACUCAAGAGAUUGAAAUGAGGAUGCGCUUGGCAGGUCUUACUCUUUCUUCCCCUCUGAAGAGAUCUCACUCUCUUGCCAAACUAGGAAGUUUAAAUUUUUCAUGCGAUGACCUGUCGUGUGAUGCAGAUAUUUUCCCAAAGAUCGACUAUAAGAGCACCAGUUUUAGAGAUCACAGUGUCUGCACAGAAACGCCAUCAUCCUCAGGAACAACAGAAACUAUAUCCGUUCGAACGGAAUCCACAAACUCAUCCAUGACUGAGACUGAUAAAAGAUGAUGUUUUUUUUCUUUUAAUGUUUACUUACUAUAGCCAUUGUUACUUUUUAUUGUACAAAAGGUGAGGCACAGGUCUGCGGGACACCAGUUACUGUACAUGUUGCUUUCAAUGCUAGCUGUACAAAAAAGAUAAAUAUCGCCGAGAAAUAUUUACUUUUUUGUUUCUUAAUUUUGUAUUAUGUUUUUUAUUUUAUAGUUACUGCCAAGAAAUGGUACAAUUUUUGUAUUUAAUUUCGGUUUGAGAUCCACAAAAACUCGUGGAGAAACACAAGGGCUAUGUGUAUAUUUGAAGAUACAAGCACUUCACAUUUACUGUACCCUACUUCUGUGGCUCUAGUGUGAUAUUUUACAAUGACACUCCAAUAUGCAGAGCACUAAACUUGAUGACCGAAUCCUGUGGUUCCAAAUUCCUUUGGUAAAGACCUUGUUAUAAAUACAGUAUGUAGUAUUUAACAGAAAUGCAUUACUGACUAUUAAAAUAUCUGUAUUGUAUUUAAAGUUA